CCUGCGGGGAGGGCUGCAGCCGCUGCCGCGCAUCCCUGCCGCCCAUGCCGAGUAUUGACCGGUAUUGCCCAUUGUCGGCGAGCUGAUCGCCACCCGGCUCAUUCAGAAUGGAAACAGACUGUAACCCCAUGGAGCUAAGCAGUAUGUCAGGAUUUGAAGAAAAUGCAGAGAUUAACGGCUUUGAAGGAACUGAUAUGAAAGACAUGAAGCUAGAAGCUGAAGCAGUUGUAAAUGACGUUCUCUUUGCUGUUAACAAUAUGUUUGUCUCAAAAACCCUGCGCUGUGCAGAUGAUGUGGCCUAUAUCAAUGUGGAAACUAGAGAAAGGAACAGAUACUGCCUGGAGCUCACUGAAGCAGGGCUGAAGAUAGUAGGUUAUGCUUUUGACCAGGUGGAUGAUCAUUUACAGACUCCCUACCAUGAAACAGUCUACUCCCUGUUGGAUACGCUCAGCCCUGCCUACCGGGAUGCCUUUGGAAACGCACUCCUUCAAAGACUGGAAGCUUUGAAAAGGGAUGGACAGUCAUGACUAAGCUUUUUCCUUUUAGAGGGGGCAGCUGCUAGGACAAAAUGUUGACAUAAAGCUUGAAAUUCUUGCAUAUGGUCACAGUAGAAAAUGCAUCUUUGGUUUUAUGUCUUUAUGGUUUCUUGCUUCAAAUUUGGCUUUUGACUCACAACAUUAGUGACUAAUGAUUGUCUUUUUUGAGUCUGAUUCAUUAAGGGAAUCCUGAGGCCAUUGCUAUGAUACCAUCAUUAAGACCUUCAGAUUUCUUCAUAUAGUAUCUCUGCAUUUCAAAACCAAAUCAGUAUUUCAUUUGUUAUUCCAGGGCUUUGAUGCUGCCAGCACUCUCUCUUACACGGGAAAUUCUGGAUUUGCACAGUAAUAUAGGAUUUAAAAUGACCUAAAUGCAAACUUUGAUUCAGCUUGCUAAAUCAGGGGUUUACUACUAGCUUGGACUAACUUUGUAUUAAUUAUUUUAGUACUAGCCUUACUGGAAACAAAUUAUCAACCAGUUUCCCCUGCACAAAUUUUGAAAUUCACUGAUUCACUUAAUCUAUUUAUAUUACUGAUAUGGAUUGAUAAAGAUGAAUUAAUUAUAUAUUACUUAGCUAGUAUUAAAUGAACAACAGGGGCUGAAAUAGUUCUGUAUUCCUUGUUUGCAACAGCCAGCCAACUAAGAGGACAAACCGUGAGCAAAUGAAUGUAAUAAUUACUUUUUUCAAGGUAUUUAAGCACAUAAGCAAAUAUAGGAACGGACUCCAUUCUUAACAAAAAGCAUCUUCAAUGUGUGGGAUUUAAAAGAAGAUUCUGAUUUCCUAAAAAACAAUAUUUUGGCCUGUGUUGAUUCUUAUGAAUGUUUGUUUACAUGAUGUACAGUAUAUAUUCAGAAAGUAUUUUUGCUUCAACGUUUACUUUCUAUAAUGUAGUACUUUGGUAUUCCCGCAGCGCCCCUCCUUCCCCAACAGAUGUACAGUGUUCCGUCUCGAUGCUAAAUCCACAAUGUAACACGAGUGCAUUGUAUGGGUUUGAAAACCAAAGGAUGAAGGAAGCAUUCCGAGACUUAAUAUUUAAAAAGGGGAGAAUCUGUAUUUUAUAUUUUAUUACAGGUACUAAUAUUUAUAAACUUCAUAAACUAUACCAUGCUGCUACGUGUUUUCAGGAACAUGUUGAAUAGCAAGGAUUGGGGAAGUCGUCUUUUUUUAAAUAAUAGUCGAAAGCAGCAGCUGUUAGAAAUGUCGAACUAAAAUUCUGCAUUUGGACACUCCAGAAAUUUAUCGUUUGCAGGCUUUUUAUUUUUAAUCAUUAUCAAGUAAUAGGUACUUUUAGGCUCUGAAGAGUAUAUAGACCAGAGCAAAUUAGUUUGGUUCUGGUCACUAUUUAUUGUCAAACUUCAUAGGAAUGCUUUCAUUAUGGUUUAUAAUGCAUAUUCAUUCUCAGCUUUAUUUUCAGAUGCUUAACUGUUUGGGCAGUGAAGUCUAACUUCAGGUUGAACUUUCUCAUGCUAAUCUCAGGCUAACUGUAAAGGACUUUGUAAAGUUUGAAUAAAAUUCUGUUUAUUCAUUUUGAGUUAAGUAUGCAGAAAAAGUGACUGUGUUUGAAAAUUAAAAUUGUUCAUUUUAUGAUAAA